AUGCCUGUCAGCGCUGAUCGGAGACGCGUAGCGGUCAUAGGCUCUGGUCUGGCAGGCCUGACCACCGCGUACCUGCUCAAAAGAGAGGGAGUCGAGGUCUGGAUCAUCGAGAAGUCUGAUCGCCUCGGAUUUCACUCUGCUUCUGUCGAGAUCCCACUCGGCCUCGAUGAGGCUGUCCAAGUGAUAGGACCCUCUGCUGGCAAGAAGCAGUCGAAGGGCCGAAAAGGCGGGCCUAGAUGGAUUGUUGACGUGCCAAUGCGGAGCUUUCAAGGAGGCUAUUAUCCUCUUCUGAUAGCGCUGUAUCGUCACCUCAACAUACCUAUGAUACCGACGUACUGGACAUUCUCCUUCUCCCAUCUCACCUCCACGCCGAAACCCGAUACCAAGCCUUACUUUAUCCAUACCGGAGCGUCGGGAUCAGCUAUACCCUCCUUACCAUCCAAGUCCUACGCGUCGCCCCGAGCACUCACUCGAGCGAUCGCCAGCUUCCUGGGAACUGCCUGUGCCUACCUUCUCUGGGUAGUCAUCGCCGCCUUGGGAUGGCAUGAUCUCCUACCUCUCCGCCACGGUCGCCAAACGACACUGCGGCAUAUGACCGCACGGGUCUCUCAUCACCUCACCUAUCCCCUGUCCUACUUCUCCCACUCCUUGCCACGAGCGUCGGCUCUGGCUUCGCCCCUCGGCAAUGUCUUCGAAGCCUUUGUAUACGACAUCAUAUUACCCCUCUUCUCCGCCGUCGGUACAAUGACCACUUCGGACGUGCUCGACACCUCAAUCGGCAGUCUGCUCGAUUACGUCCACUCGACCGUCGGGACUUCUCAUUUCACCCUGGCUCCUGGGAUCUCUGCUGGGACGGUCGCGAUGAGGCUGGCGGAGGAGGUAGGGGCGCAAGGAGAGGGAUAUCUGAGGGUUGGCGAAGAGGUUUUGGAUUUGGUGUACUCGGCAGGAGAGGGGAACAUCACGGUGAAAUGUCGAGGCGGGGAUAUCGAGGUGGAUCAGGUGGUUCUGGCUACGCAGGCCAGCGCAGCGGCUGUGCUUUUGGGAAUGCUAGAGAAGACUUUGAAAGCUGGAGCAGAGGCGGAAAGGAGUAGGGUGUCAGGAAUGAGGGACGCUUUGAGUGAGGUUGAAUAUAGAGAAACAAUCGUUGUCACACACAGGGACCGGUCAAUCCUGCCUGGCAAGGCAGAUCAACGCGAAAUCAACCUCUCCACUCCGCUCAGCACAACACCGCGCGGAUUCACCCAAGACGAGGACGUAGCAAUGACACCGGCGCUCUCCACUUCUUCUUCGGUGUCCUCUCCCGGACCCUCCAGCCCUGGUUCACCCUCGCCCUACGGGCAAAUCCCAUUUUUCGCUCCUCGCGAUGGCUGCGUCUAUACGAUGGGGACCCAUAUCGUACCGCCGCCUGCGUCCCUUCGUCAGCAAGGAAUAGACGUGGCGGAAGUGCUGCAGACUACAAAUCCGGUCUGCCCUAUCGAUGCAGAGACGGUGUUGGCUGUGUCUAGGAUGGAAAGAGCACUUCCAUUGCGCGACCCGACCAUUUUCAAGCGCCUUCACCCCUCGUCAUCGCCCACGUCGCAUCCCGCCCUGAUCCACCUUGCUGGCUCGUACGCGUACCCCGGAAUACCCCUACUCGAAGGCUGCGUAGGAAGCGCCAUCAACGCCACAAGUGUAAUUCUCGGGAAGCCGCGACAGGAAAUAGGCGGUCUGGACUGGAGUACAGGGAGAGGAGGUCGGCUGGGGAGGAUAUGGAGGUGGAGGCGAUCGGGGAUUGUAGAUCGCUGA